GAGAGGAGGGGAGUGGUCGAGUGGUGGAAGAGUAGCGGUAACAGAAGGCAAACAGUUAUUCCUUCAUUGUGCCUCCUCAAAGCGAGAGGACGUCUUUUCAUCCCCAAGAACAGCGGCGCCUCCUCAGAACGGGACUCGAGAUAAGUCGACCCCCGUCCCCGACAAUGGCUGUGACGAUGAUGGACUGAUAGCAGAGCUGAAAAGAAGAUGUCGUUCUUUGGUCUCAAUUGUGUCAGGAAGAAAGAGCGAGAGGUGGAGAGGAAGCUUCGGGCUAAUGACCGGGAAUACAAUCUCUCCUUUAAAUAUGCUACGAACGCCAUCAAGACCUCCAAAUACAACUUCUUCACUUUCCUACCUCUCAACCUCUUUGAGCAGUUUCAGAGGAUCGCUAAUGCCUACUUUCUGUUCCUGCUGGUGCUCCAGGUGAUUCCUGAGAUCUCAUCACUUUCCUGGUUCACCACUGUGGUGCCUCUUGUGCUGGUGCUGUCCGUCACCGCCGCCAAGGACGCCACUGAUGACAUUAAUCGCCACCGGAGUGACAAUCAAGUCAACAACAGAAGAGUCCAAGUCCUCAUCGAUGGAAAACUGAACAGCGAGAAGUGGAUGGAUGUGCAGGUGGGAGACAUUAUCAAGCUCGAAAACAACCAGUUUGUCACGGCUGACCUCCUGCUGCUGUCCAGCAGCGAACCGCUCAACCUAGUCUACAUCGAGACGGCUGAGCUGGAUGGUGAGACCAACCUGAAGGUGCGGCAGGCCUUGCCGGUGACUGGGGACCUCGGAGAUGACGUCAGCAAGCUGGCGGACUUUAAUGGCGAAGUCCUUUGCGAGCCCCCCAACAACCGGCUGGACCGCUUCACAGGGACGCUGACCUACGCGGGGCAGAAGUACGGUCUGGACAAUGAAAAAAUCCUACUGCGAGGGUGCACCCUGAGGAACACCGAGUGGUGCUUCGGACUGGUGCUCUUUGGAGGCCCAGAGACCAAGUUGAUGCAGAACUGUGGCAAGAGCACUUUCAAGAGGACCAGUGUGGACCGUCUGAUGAACGUCCUUGUCCUCAGUAUCUUUGGCUUCCUGACGUUCAUGUGCACCAUCCUGGCCAUCGGGAACUACUGCUGGGAGCUGGGCGAGGGCUCUGCAUUCACAGUCUUCUUGCCCAGGCAGAACGGCAACAAUGCCGCUUUCUCAUCCUUCCUCACUUUCUGGUCCUAUGUCAUCAUCCUCAACACUGUGGUGCCCAUUUCCCUCUAUGUCAGUGUGGAAUUCAUCCGCCUGGGCAACAGCUUCUACAUUGACUGGGACCGGAAGAUGUACCACUCUCGCAGCGACACCCCUGCCGAGGCGCGCACCACCACGCUGAAUGAGGAGCUGGGCCAAAUCAAGUAUGUGUUCAGUGAUAAGACGGGCACGCUGACACAAAACAUCAUGACCUUCAACAAGUGCUCCAUCAAUGGCAAGAUGUACGGUGAUGUUUUUGACUACAUGGGCCAGAGACUUGAAAUUAAUGAGUGUACCUGUGAGCAGCACACCGAGAUGGUGGAUUUCUCCUUCAACCCGCUGGCCGACCCCCGCUUCAUCUUCCACGAUCACGCCCUGGUGGAGGCCGUCAAGCUCGAGACCACCGAGGUGCACGCCUUCUUCCGACUGCUCUCCCUCUGCCACACCGUCAUGGCGGAGGAAAAGAAAGAAGGGGAGCUCUCAUACCAGGCCCAGUCUCCUGAUGAGGGCGCUCUGGUCACAGCUGCUAGGAACUUCGGCUUUGUCUUCCGCUCGCGGACGCCCGACAGCAUCUCCAUCGUGGAAAUGGGAGAGCAGUGCACUUACAAACUCUUGGCCAUCCUGGAUUUCAACAACGUCCGCAAGAGGAUGUCCGUCAUUGUUCGGAGCCCCAAGGGUAAGCUGUCGUUGUACUGCAAAGGAGCGGACACCAUCAUCUACGAGAGGCUUCACCAAUCCUGCGCCAAACUUAUGGACGUCACCACAGAGCAUCUCAAUGAGUUUGCAGGGGAAGGCCUGCGGACCCUGGCGCUAGCCUACAGAGACUUGGAUGAGGACUUUUUCCUUCAGUGGCAGCGGCGCCACCAUGAGGCCAGCACGGCGCUGGAUGACCGCGAUGGCAAGCUGGAGCAGCUGUAUGAGGAGAUAGAGACAGACCUGCUGUUGCUAGGGGCAACUGCAAUAGAAGACAAGCUGCAGGACGGAGUUCCGCAAACCAUUGAGCAGCUGUCCAAAGCAGACAUCAAAAUCUGGGUUCUCACCGGUGACAAGCAAGAAACGGCAGAAAACAUUGGCUACUCGUGCAACCUGCUGCGCGAGGAGAUGAAUGACGUCUUCAUCAUUUCUGGCAACUCACCAGAUGAUGUCAGGCAGGAGUUGAGAAACGCACGCACUUCCAUGAAACCGUCAGCUGCUGAGGAUUGUGUGUUUUUGCCAGAGAAGACUCUGGGUAAAACCGCAAAGACUGUCACAGAUGAACCGGUGAACGGCGAGUAUGGCCUAAUCAUCAAUGGACACAGUCUGGCAUACGCAUUAGACAGCAGUAUGGAGUGGGACUUCCUGCGCACAGCAUGCAUGUGCAAGGCAGUGAUCUGCUGUCGUGUCACACCGCUGCAGAAGGCACAGGUAGUAGAGCUGGUGAAGACGUACAAGCGUGCCGUCACACUGGCCAUCGGUGACGGCGCCAAUGACGUGAGCAUGAUCAAAGUGGCGCACAUCGGCGUGGGCAUCUCGGGCCAGGAGGGCAUGCAGGCGGUGCUGUCCAGCGACUACUCCUUUGCCCAGUUCCGCUUCCUGCAGCGCCUCCUGCUCGUGCAUGGCCGCUGGUCCUACCUGCGCAUGUGCAAGUUUCUUCGGUACUUCUUCUACAAGAACUUCACCUUCACUUUCGUCCACUUCUGGUACGCCUUCUUCUGCGGCUUCUCCGCACAGACGGUGUAUGAUGAAUGGUUUAUAACACUGUACAAUCUGGUAUACACAGCACUACCUGUGCUGGGAAUGAGCCUCUUUGAUCAGGAUGUAAAUGACGCGUGGAGCUUCCAGCACCCUCAGCUGUACGUGCCGGGGCAGCUCAACCUGUAUUUCAGCAAGACGGCCUUCUUCAAGUGUGCCCUGCACAGCUGCUACAGCUCCCUGGUGCUCUUCUUCAUCCCAUACGCUGCAGUCAGCCAGGCGGCGCGUGCUGACGGCAAGGAUGUGGCUGACUAUCAGUCCUUCGCUGUCCUCACUCAGACCUGCCUGCUAUUCGCUGUCACCAUCCAGCUGGGUUUGGAGAUGUCUUACUGGACGGCGGUCAACACCAUCUUUGUCGUGGGCAGCCUGGUCAUGUACUUCGCCGUAACCUUCACCAUGUACAGCAACGGCCUGUUCCUUGUGCUGCCCUCAGCCUUCUCCUUCAUAGGCACAGCAAGGAACUCCUUGAGCCAGCCCAACGUCUGGUUGACCGUUGUGCUCACCUCCAUUUUGUGCAUCCUUCCUGUGGUCAUCUAUCGCUUCUUGUCGAUCCUACUCCGCCCCACCAUCAACGACAAGGUCAUGUUCAAGGUCCGUCAGGCCAAAUCGUCGCCUCCCCCGCCCCCACGCCGCACCAGAAUCCGCCGCACCAGCUCCCGCCGUUCCGGCUACGCCUUCUCACACACGCAGGGCUACGGCGACCUUGUGACAUCGGGCCGCUUCCUGCGGCGACCCGCCCCGCCCGGCUCCUCAGGUUUCGCCACCACGGGACGUGCCACCACAGGCUUCAGCCCCAUGGGGCGCUCGGCCGGGUACAGCCCGACUGGGCGCCCCCAGAAUGUCAGGGCCCAGGAGGUGGUGGUAACCUCGCUACAAAUGUACAGGACCAUCAGCGACGCUGCUCUUUGACCACUUGUGAGCUGAACACCAAAGAUAAGACAUUUAAGACUAAGGAAUCUCUUUUGUGGGAAAGGAAACAGGAAUAUCUAAAGAGGAUACAGUGUCUUCAUGUUUACAAAAUUUUUCAAUUCUGGGAGUGCAAAUGUUCAGGGCAGGGAUGGGGAACCUACACGCGACAAGACAUUUGGUCAAACGUUGUUGUUUUGUGGUGAGUCAUCACUUGUCACUGCCAUGCUCCGCCCAAAUAAAGAUUUCUAUUUAGUGUCA